AUGGCCGGAGACGACGAUGAGGACAAAUCGGGCCGCGGAAACGUUGAGAACGAGACUACCGCAGCAGCAGAAGAAGAUCGUGUAUCAGGUACUGCUGCGGACGAUCAAAAGUCAAGAAACAGCAGUGCACGAGAAGAGGACGAGAAGGCGUCCAACAGAGGGUCCGACGAUGGUUCCGCGAAGAGUGAUAAAGACGCAGAUGAGGCUGCCUCUCCGACAGAGGACAAGGAUGAGGGCAGUGACGGAGAAAGUCGAGAGAACAGCACAGGCGAAGCAUCAGUAUCCAAGGGCAGUGACGGCGGUGGUACUUCUGCCGGUAACAGGGAGAAACAAAGCGGGGAGGGUGGAGCGGGCAGCAGGAGCAACAACAGCGUUGUUAGUGAAAAAGUCGGUGAUGUUGCUGACGACGGCGACGCCGAGAAGAGCGAAGACGAGGGGGGAGAAAGCAAAGGCGGUUCAACUAGCAAAACCAGCGAGGAUCCUCCUAGCGGCGAAGAGAAAGAGUCCGGCGAUCCCGAACCCAAUGCGCAAGGAGGAGAAAGUGGUGAUUCCGCUACGAGUGCAAGCACCGAAAAGGGGAAGGACAGCGAGGCGGCCAAGAAUGAGGUCGGAAAGAGCGACGGCAGCCAGGGGACGAAACUGGAAAAAGGAGUAGCUGGUGAAGGAGGUGCUCUUGCCAUCGAUGUCGCAACUGCCAAUGGCGAGAAGAACGUCGAUGGCGGGCCUGCGUCCGAUAUCGCGUCCAAAGAGAGCAGCUGUGUCGAGGAGGAUAUUGACGAGAUGGAGGUGGAUCUAGAUAAACCCUGGGAGAAACCAUCGACUGAACGCGCCAAGAGAGCGGGAAAGAGGAUGAUCUGGAACAACGGAAUGAGGUACUACUUCAGCACCAGCAUCAAGGAGAUCGGUUCCAUGGGCGUAGGCAUGUACCUCUACUUCUGGAUGGUGCGGAUUGUUGCCAUCAUGUUCUGCAUCUGUGCAUUCCUUUCAAUCCCGGCGAUGGUCCUCAACCACGAGGGCAACGCGGGAAUGGCGAUAUCGGAGACCGAUGUGGACUCUCUCGGUCUGGUGGCGCUAAGCUUCGGCAACCAGGGGCUGAACCCCGACCUCGUGGUGGAAAGCGGGUGCAUCUCGAGCAACGGCACCGUCGAUUGCACCGGGGAAACCGUCAAGGUUAUGGGGGAAGCGAAGGACGUGCUGUGGGUCGGUUCCAUCCUGGUCGGGGGCGAGAUCUUGAUCGCCAUUUUUUUCGUAUUCUUUAUUGUGAUCUUGUCCGAGAGACUAAAGGCAAAAAUCGACGAGAUCGACGACGCGAACGUCACGCCCGGGGACUACACGGUCAUGGUGCGAGGGCUUCCCGCUGACGUCACCAAGGAAGAGGUGGCCCCCUCGGUAGUCGAGUACGCGGAACUGGGGACCGGAGCCUCCGCCUUUGGAAUGGGCGUGUGCACCGUGCUCCUCUGCGUGCUGUCCGUGUACGCGAUCGUGGAAGGGUGCGGCAUUGGGCGACCGAGAAAGAGGGACACGCCUCUGCAGGAAUGGGAAAAGGGGAGGAAGCAGCGGGAGAAGAAUAAGAUAAAGGCGGCCGCCUCGUCAUCCAAGUACUCAGCCGCUCCGGGAAAGGUCAUUCCCGUAGAGACUGCUCCCGAUGCUGCCCCCGCCGCCACCGGCGCAGCCGGUGGUGAUGGUGUCAUCGCCAAGGAGUUUGAUGGCACGGCGGCGGCGGCCGCGGCGGUGGCGGCGGAUGGGAGUGCGGGGGAGAUGUCGAGGUUGGAGGAGGGGGUGGGGGGAGGGGGAGGUGGCGAGGCGGGGGGGUUGACCCCGCCGUUGGACGUGCCAGGUGUUUCCCCUGCGCAGGACGCGAAGCCGCCCGAAGACCCGCCAAAACGGGGCUUCCCCGACGAGCGACUACCGGACCCUCUGCCCUGCCAGAGCUGCCUAAACACCCACGACAAGUCUUUCGUAGGCGGCUGGGUCGCCGACGUCGUGCUGGGUAACCCCGUAGGGGAUGUUCUCAUGGGCUUCAUGGACCAAGAGGAAGCAUUAGCCGAGAUCAGCAAGGCCCGGACGGUCGUGCGGCAGAUGAAGACGCUGGGGAAGGCCAAGAAGCUCGCCAAGGCGGAGGCGAAGCUCGCGAAGCUCAAGGCGAAAGAGGAGGCCCUGAUGGCGGCGACCCGGAAAAAGCAAGAUCCCGCAGCGUUAGAGUCAAUCUCGGUGGCCUUCGUGACCUUCGAGCACGAGGAGAGCAAGAGGAGAUGCCUGGAGGACUACCGCUACAGCCGAAGGGGCUUCUGCAGGCGGUUUCAACCAGUGAAGCUCCAGCUCUCCCGCAAGCCGGCCGACGAGGAGGAACAGCAGCAGGAUGGCCAAACGCCGCCUGCCCGCCGGGGAAGAAAGAAGAAACCGCGUCCGCAGAGGUGGCGUCUCAAGGUCUUCCAGGCCCCGGAACCCAGCGACGUGAAGUGGGAAAACCUGGACGUAACUCCGACGUCUCGCAAGUUGAGGAGGGCCGUCACUUCGCUGGUGUGCGUCGUGCUGCUCAUCCUCAGCUUCGCCAUCAUCUACCUCGCCCAGACGGAGCAGGCAAAACUUCAGGAGCAAAUCCCGGCGUUGGAUACCUGCGAGGAGACGAUUCCUGCCGUCGUUUUCGGAACGUACGACUUCCCUCUGGACGCCGCGUUGCAGAGAGACGACUCCAUGGACAGCUCCUGCGCGGACGGCAGCUUUUACCUCGCCUUCGCCGCCAACGCCACCGACCCGGACUCGAGCCAACUGGAUUACGACAACCUGCCCCCCAUCUUCUCCGCCGACGGGACCAACGUGUCCCGCGCCUCGUUCGUGGCGGCCAACGACGCGGACCAGCUGUGCGACGACCCAUGCCAGCCGGCGAGCGGCGGCAGCACCUGCCGCGCCCUGUCGUGUUACGAGGAUAGCUGGGAGGUGGACUACGGCUGCGUGAGCUACCCGCAAUCCACCAUGAUCGGCUGCUUCUGCCUGGAUGCGGUCGUGACCAGCUUCCAGGAGCAUGGCCUCGUGGACGGGGCCAAGGUGGUGGCGAGGGAGCAGGGAGAGGUCUGCGCACCCUUCCUGAGGGACUACGCUAAGGCCAACGCCAUCAAGAUUCUUGCGGUGAUGUCGGUGGUGAUCGUCAACACCCUGCUCACGAGCGUCAUGGGCAAGCUGGCCAAGUUCGAGCGGCACGUGUCGCUGUCCGACUUCACCUCUACGGUUACGGCCAAGCUGGCCCUAGCCCAGUUCCUCAACACCGCGCUCAUCGUCAUCAUCGUCAACGCCGGCUACACCGGCGGUGGCCUUGGCUUCCUGCAGGACUUGGGCGUGCUAGCGGGUGAGUACAACGACUUCGAGAGGAGCUGGUACGCCACCGUGGGCGUGGCAGUCGCGAUGACGAUGCUCAUCAACGUCGUCGUGCCUCACGCCACGACCUUGGUGGGGGAAAUAAUCGUGAACCCGGUCAAGCGGUUGUUCAAGCGGCGAUCGGUAGCGACGCAGGCGCAGAUGAACAGCCUGUACAAGCCUCCCAAGUUCGACAUGGAGUCGCGCUACGCCUUCUUGCUUCAGGUUUUGGGAGUGUCGCUUCUCUACUCUGGAGGGAUUCCCAUUCUUUACCUUUUCGCAUCCUUCAGCUUCGCCACGAACUUCGUCGUCGAUAAGUUUUGGAUCAUCAAGCUUGCACAACAGCCUCCAAUGUACACGGCGGCGCUGGCGAAGAUGUUCGUAGGAGUGCUCCCGAUCGCGCUGCUCGUGCACAUGUCGACGGCGUGCUACAUGCUCGGGAACGUCGACAUUCUGAACAUUGGGUUUGUCAGCGAUGAAGCCCAGACCAUCGCAGAGGCGCUGGACGGCCAGGGCAUGUCCGGUCUGGUGGCAGACCACGUGCUGCGCAAGCACGUCUUCCCCCUCUUCGUCCUGACGGCCUUGUUCAUCGCGCUGUACGUGGCCUACAAGAUCGUGGGCGACCCGCUAUUGCAGAUUGUGAAGGGGGGUCAUGGAUCCACAGACUGCUCAGCCGUUACCAGGAUGGGGUACACGGCCGAGUUCUUCCGGGUGCUGGGGGAGGGCGAGAAGAUUGACGCGGACGAGCUGCAGAUGGGCUGGGUGGAGAGCGAGCAAAACGGCAAAAAAGUCGCCAAGUGGAUUUGUCUCGAAGAUGGUCCGGGUCCCAGGGGCGUCAAGUACAAAUCCGGGGUGCCUCGGCAAACGUGGCAGGUCAUCGCCGAGAUCGGGCAAUACAACUACGUCAUGGAAGAGAGCGACCACGCUGGAGUAGCCACCAGAUACAUGGCAACGGCCGGUUUCUUGAGCCCUCGCAUGAAGGAGAGAGAACAAGCGAAGCAACUGAAGAUGACCAACAAGCUCGCCGUCGCCGUUGAGGAGGGUACUGAAACCCCGGGAAAAGCGGCGGAGGCGUCUGAAACAGUACCGACAGCGGGAGCGGCAGCCCCACCAAACGAGGCCCAAACCACCGCACCACCGGCGGCAGAAGCAUCUCAGCAGGGUGCGCCUGCCGCUGCAAGCGCAAAAAAGCCAGAAGACAAGCCCGCUGGAUCGGCCGGCCCAGAUGAAGGGAAGGCGACAAGCGGCACAGAAGAAGAAGAUAAGGCCGAAGAAAAGAAAGAUUCUACCCCAGACGCGGCAGAUGCUGUUUCCAGCGAAGGCAAGGAGAAAUCGGAUGACGCUGCCGCCGGAGAUGCUGCUGCUGACGCCGAGGGAGACAAAGAAAAGCCGGAUGAGGAUGACGACAAGAAAAGCGAGGCGCGAAGCACGUCCGAGCGCAGCAAGUCUGGCGCCGAUGAAGACAAAGACAAGCAAGCCUCCGACAACGAAGACAACAAGUCCAAGCAAGACUCAGAAAAAGACGACGGCGGAUCCAAGCGCGAUGCCGCUACCGAUGACGAUGCGUCCGUCUCUAAGCCGGUCGACGAACAAGAGAGUCGGCGAUCCGACGCUGAAUAG